AUGGGGUCUUUCAACCUAUUUCGCCGUCGAAGGGAGCUGAUGCCCGCCUUUGAGAGGUCCCCCGAGGAGAAAGCGCUCGUGCGACGUCUUGAUACUUUCUUUCUGACGUUUGGCUGCUUGUCCCAAAUCAUCAAGUAUCUCGAUCAGCAAAAUAUCAACAAUGCCUACGUCUCGGGCAUGCAGGAGGAUCUCCAUCUUUACGGUGACGAGCUGAAUUUAUUUACAACCUACUUCAAUGUCGCCUACUGCAUCAUGCUGAUCCCCUCGCAAAUUAUCAUGACCUACGUCCGCCCGAGUUAUUGGCUCCCUGGCCUGGAGUUAAUCUGGGGCCUUAUGACCGGGCUUAUGGCCAUGACAACCAGUGCAAAGCAAGUCUAUGUUCUGCGCGUGUUUCUCGGUCUCUGCGAGAGCUCUGCAUGGCCGGGUUUCAUGACUUUGCUUAUGUACUGGUAUACGCCAACAGAACUAGCCAAGCGCAUGGGCUUCUAUCAUUCAUGCCAAGGGAUGGGAACGCUAUUCGCUGGCUUCAUGCAGGCAUCCAUUUCAAGCACCAUGAAUGGCAGCGGGGGUCUGGCAGGAUGGCGCUGGCUUUUCGUGAUCAACGCAAUCAUCACAGUCGUCUGGGGAUUUGCCGGCUUCUUCAUGAUCCCUGAUCUUCCAAACAAGCCGAACCCUCGCGCAUUCUGGUUCGAGAAAAAUCAUGGCGAAAUUUCGAUGGAGCGGCUCGCUCGCAACGGCCGUGCUGAGCCCAAGAGAGUGACCUGGGCCGGUGCGAAGAGAACCUUCUCCGACUGGGUCGUCUAUUUCAUCGCAGUGUUGUAUGCUGCCACGGUUCUCGGUACCUACGGCUACGUCUACUUUUCUCUUUUCUUAAAAUCUCUGAAGAAUCCCGAUGGCACCCCGCGAUGGAAUAUAUCCGAAGUGAAUGCCAUUCCAAUUGGCGGAUCAGUUAUAAAUGUCGUCUUCGUGUGGAUCUGGGCUCUCUUAUCCGAUUUCCUCCGGACUCGCUGGACCCUGAUUGUGCUCCAGGCGGUUAUUGGAAUCGUUCCGUGCAUUAUCAUGAGCAUUUGGACUUCGCACCCUGAGUCGGUGGCUCUUUCAGCCGCCUACGCGUCUUACUUCAUCUCGUUCGUCUGUCUCGGCACAGCGCCUCUCAUUUUUGCGUGGCUUUCCGAUCUGAUUCCACAAGACCCCGAAGCCCGUUCGCUCGUGCUUGGUGUAUCGGUUGCUGGAUACUAUGCUAUCUCGGCAUGGUCGCAAGUUCUGGUCUGGCCUGCUUCGCAAGCACCGUACUACAAAUACGGAUGGCAAUCCGCACUGGCGUUACUGGUUCUUGUCAUUAUCAUGACAUGUGCUCUACGUUAUGUUGACGUUCGAUACCUGCUGCCGAAGCGUGAGGCUUUCCAAGAAGAAUUGGAUGGCCAGGAAGUAGGUAGAAAGGAUAGUGUGUCUGGUGCAUCGGAUCAAGCUGGAAAUGCAGGGCCGUCUAAUCGUGAUCGCAAAAGAACUCAAUCUCCCACGGUGAACGAAAUGUGA